CCCGCUAAACAGUGUACGUUUGCGGCCUACGAUGAUAACUCGGGUGAUCGGUACUGCAGCAACGCGCAUCUAGGGCGUCCGUUCAGCACUGAACUCGAAGACCGUCGAUCUUCAACGAGUCAGUUUGAGAGUUAUGCCACACAACAAUAAUCAACCAACAUUUCGUCUUCAUAAGCACCGAAGAAUCAAGGAAAACCGUUUUAUUAAAUAAUAACAAUAUAUUUAAAGAAAAAGGAAGAAAACUUCUAGAGAGAUCCUAGAGAGACAGAAGUAAAAGUACACAAAAGAUCGAACGGAUCCCGCUUGAAUGCGUUGCUCUUAACGCAGAGCCGCUCGAAAAAAAAAUAAUUUGAUUUGAAGAAGAAAACAAUUAAAAAUUCUCUUAUAAAUACAAAAUAUUUUUUUUUUCAAUUUGCAAACUAUUUUGAUACUGUCCUGUUUUAUAAAUAUGGGUCUUCUGCGUCAACUAUUGUUCGGUAAAUAUCUGUUAGUCACCAAUACCGUGAGUUGCGGCUUGAUGAUGGCAGCGGGCGAUGUGAUCCAACAGCGUAGCGAGCACUGGAAAAAGUAUUAUUCGCACAAGUACUUCAGCGUUCUGGCCGCGUCGCCGGAAGAAGACGAAGAAGUGAUGACAACUUCCGGCGCUUCCGCGUACUUCCGACACGAUUACACGAGAACUAGGAAUAUGACGGUCGUCGGAUUGGUCCAAGGCCCGUUUCAUCACUGGUUCUAUUUGCUUCUAGAAAGAGUUUUGCCAGGUAGAAGCACCAAAUCGGUCAUCAAGAAAACGCUUCUCGAUCAGUCCAUCGCGAGUCCCACGUGUCUGGCGAUAUUUUUCGUUGGUCUUGGAAUUCUCGAGAGUCGUAAAAUCGAGGAAAUCUGCGGCGAGCUCAAGUUGAAAUUUGCCGACACUUGGAAGGUGGACUGCUGUUUCUGGCCUCCAACACAAUGCAUUAAUUUCCUGUUUGUGCCUUUGCAUUAUCGAGUACUUUACACAAAUGCUAUGACAAUGGUGUACGAUAUUUUCCUGUCGUACAUGAAAUAUGAUGCCCACUUCUAGUGAUAAGAAGAAAUCUCACAAUCAGACUGAAUAAAAGGAAUAAUCAUACAAGUAAGAAAAUUGCAAAGCUUGUAUUAUUUACGUGAUUAUUAUUAUUAUAUUAUAUUUAAUUAUUAUUAAUCAUAUGUGACGUGUUUUUAU